AUGGAUUUUAAAUUUAAUUUAGGAGGUGCAGAGGAAGAAGAAGAAGAAUAGAAUUUAGAUGGACUUAAUUUCUUUGGUGGGGUUCAUCAUCACCAUGACGAUGACCUAGAUAAGCUUGAUCCUACCAUGCAAACUAGCACAAUAUCUAGAAGCAAGAGGGAAAAAUCAGUUGAGCCUGAUGAAGAAUAACCUGAUUAUGAAGCAGAAAUAGUUGCAAAAUGUGUCUAUGAUUAAGAAAAAGGUGUACUAAAUGAAUAUGAGCUGCUAGAUAAAAUAGGAAGCGGCUCUUUUGGAAAAAUAGUGAGAGUAACUAGAAGCUAUUACGAAGAUGAUGGUGUUACUAUUUCUAAAUCAAUAUAUGUGUUCAAAAUUCUGAAGAAAAGCUAAAAAAUUAUAUAAAUUACUGAUGAAAAUGGAUAAAGUUAAUUGAAAAAGGAACUAGAUUUACUUUAUUAGGAAUUAGAAAUCUAUAAAUAUCUGAAUAAUGUUAACAUUUGCAAGCUCUAUCAAAUUAUUGAUGCUCCAUACGAACAAACAAUAUACUUGGUUAUGCAGUAUUGCGACCUAGGAUAGAUAUUGAACCUAGAUGAGAAAGACUAAAAGUACUACCCCAAUACUAAAAUCGACUAAUUUAUUGAGUAAACCUACAAUAUUAGUGAAUAAGAUCAAUAUAAAAAAAGAGAGAAAUUUGCCAAAGUAAUAUUUAAAUAAGUUAGCUAGGGAUUAAAAUACUUGCAUGAUAAAAAAAUUGUAAAUAGAGAUAUUAAGAUAGACAAUAUUCUAGGAAAGAGCAUUGAAUGUGACAAAGGAGAAAAUUUUAAGAUUAUUGAUUUUUCGACUGCAGUUAAGCUGAAAUCUCACCACCAAAAAGUAUUUGGUUAAGCAGGCACCCCUGCUUAUUAGAGUCCAGAAGUGUGUACUAAAUCUAAUGACGGAUAUGAUGGUAAAGCAGCUGAUAUUUGGUCUUUGGGUGUAACUAUUUAUUGUUAUGUUAAUUUGAGCUUACCAUUUUUGAAUCAGCCUGACCCAUAAAAGCUAUUUAAUUCAAUUUUAAAUGACCCUAUACAAUUCUAAACCCAUAAUUCAGCUUUGUUUUUAGAUUUAAUAAAUAAUAUGUGUAGAAAGAAUCCAAAAGAGCGCCUAAAAAUAGAUUAAGUUCUAAAUCAUUAAUGGUUCUAAGAAUGA